AUAAGUAGAUCGCUUAGUUCUGUCACCUCGAGUCCAAAACAGCUCCUGGAGUAAAUAGUUGAGUAAUUCGUUGUCAUCCGACAAAUGCGGUCGUACGGAACAGUUGGGGAUGAUUAGGAAAAAGUUUCUCGUUUAAAAAGACAGAAAUGGAGAACGAAUUACAAGAAACAGUUUACGGGACGACGACGACGACGACCGUUGACGAUAGUCAUUCUGUGAUGUCCGAUAAAGUUCGGAAUUUAGCUGGUAGCAUUUACCAGGAGUUCGAAAAGAUGAUUUCUAAGUAUGACGAAGACGUUGUCAAGGAAUUAAUGCCUUUGGUUGUUAGUGUUUUGGAAGAAUUGGAUCUGUCCUAUGUAGAAAAUCAGGAACAUGAAGUCGAACUUGAAUUACUUAGAGAAGAUAACGAACAGUUGGUUACUCAAUUCGAGAGAGAAAAACAACUCAGAAAAACUUCCGAUCAGGUAAACAAAUCAUUACAUAUGAAUCAUAUACAAUUUAUAAUGUCUGUGCGGCUCUCAUUACCGUCGACUUCGUUGUUUUCAAUUUUACUUAUUGAAAACUUUUAUGAAUAGUUUAAAAUCUUUGUAAUUUAAUAGUGGAAAUAGAUGAUUAACGUUAUGAUUC